AUGGCAUCUUGAGCCCAGAGUUGUGCAAUUCGUAUCAGCCUGCGCAGACGCACUACUCCUGCCCCUUCGGACACUUUUGUACACAAAAUCUGACAAAACUCGUGACAAUUCUCAACAAGUUGUCAAAAUUUUCAUCGAGUCCCACGGGGAUACUGCGAAAAUGGAUAACAAACAACCGCCAACAAUUAUCUUUCACCCAAUCAUCUCGUCGAUCCAGAAAAUCGCAUUGUACGAGACCAAAUCCAGAUUCUACCUGAUGGGUUCCAACAACACUCAAACUCGCUUCCGAGUGCUAAAGAUCGACCGCCAAGAGCCCCGGGAGCUAUCCCUAGUCGACGACAAAAUGGAAUACACCCAGGAAGAGAUAAUAGAACUAGUAAACAUGAUCGACCAGGGUAACCGAUCGAAAGCCGGUCACCGUUCGAAAGCCCACGGCGUAGCCAAAGUAGUUUCCGCCUUCGGCAUAGUCGGCUUCAUCCGCUUCCUCGAGGGUUACUACAUAAUCCUCGUGACGAAGCGUCGUAGAGUCGCGGUGAUCGGUCACCACACGAUCUACAAGAUCGAGGACACAACGAUGAUCUACAUUCCGAACGAUUCGGUCCGCGUUUUCCACCAAGACGAGCAGCGCUACGUCAAGAUGUUCCAAAGCAUCGACCUGAACAGCAACUUCUACUUCAGCUACUCCUACGACCUGACGCAAACCCUCCAAACGAACUCAGCAGCCCCGAAGCACAUAAAAACGGAGACAACCAGCAGCGAGCAAAACCGAGACAGCGCAACCAACGACGAGGAUUUCUUCAACAUGUGGCUCUCACGGAAGAACUGGCAGAAGAACGAUGAGUACGGUAUAAGAAGCAAUCCCCACCGUCGCUUCGUCUGGAACGAUCACCUCCUGAAGCCCGUAGAGAAGGAUCUCCACAGAGACUGGAUUCUCUACAUAACCCACGGCUUCGUCGGCCAGUCCAACGUCAGUAUCUUCGGCAGAUCAAUGUACAUCAUCUUGAUAGCAAGACGCAGCAACAGAUACGCAGGAACCAGAUUCUUGAAACGAGGAGCCAACUACAAAGGAGACGUUGCCAAUGAAGUUGAAACCGAACAGAUCGUCCACGACUCGGCGGUGAGUUCCUUGCACAACGGACGAUUCAGUUCCUUCGUCCAGAUGAGGGGCUCAGUGCCCGGUUACUGGUCCCAAGACAUCAGCAAGAUGGUUCCUAAACCAACAAUCUCCUGCGUUCUAGCCGAUCCCUUCUUCGAGUGCGCUGGGGCGCAUUUCAACGAACUUCUCAAGCGUUACGGAGCACCGAUAAUCAUCCUCAAUUUGGUAAAGAAGAGAGAGAGGAAGAAGCAUGAGAGCAUCUUGAGUGAGGAGAUGUUUGAUGCUGUUGAAUACCUCAAUCAGUUUCUACCUCUUCAGCACCAGAUUCAGUACGUAAGCUUCGACAUGGCCAGGAUGAACAAAGGAAAGACUGCCAACGUUAUGGGAAGACUAGCCAACAUUGCUAACAAUGCAGUCUUGAAAACUGGGAUCUUUCAGUCUCAGGAGCCUUACUACAACCAGCGAAAGAUCCUCAACCCCUCUGGGAGCGUCAAGAAGAGUCACAAGGAGAUGACCACCUCGAUGACCAAAAGCUCGGAUCUUGAGUUGAAUCCGCAGAUUGAGGACAAGAUCAGAGACUUGUUUUUGACGAAAGGAACCGUUCAAACUGGCAUCAUUCGGACGAAUUGCGUUGAUUGCCUUGACAGGACUAAUACAGCUCAGUUUGCUAUUGGAAAGUGUGCGUUGGGGUAUCAACUGUGUGCUCUUGGGGUUCUGGAGCAACCGAAGUUGGAAUUUGAUUCUGAUUGCGUUAGAAUGCUGGAGGAGAUGUACGAGGAUCAUGGGGAUACUCUUGCUCUGCAGUAUGGUGGCUCCCAGCUUGUUCAUAGAAUCAAGACGUACAGGAAAACUGCACCCUGGACGAGCCAGGGGAAUGAUAUCAUGCAAACGUUGAGCAGGUACUACAGCAAUACCUUCAGCGAUCAAGAGAAACAGCACACGAUCAACCUGUUCCUUGGGGUUUUCGUGCCUGAGGAGGGCAAACCACCGAUUUGGGAGCUGUUGACGGAUUAUUAUCUACAUAACAAGGCGGCGGUGGAGUACAGGAGGAGGAACAGGGUGCUCACCCAGUGGUGGGACGAUAAUGUUUACAAGUGCCUUCCUUAUGCUUAUAAUCAGGUGGCCAAGACUUGCUCGGAGAUGAUUCAGGUCCAGCACUCGCAGGAGGAGAUGGUCGACAUUUACUAUGAUUAUCAUCGACCUUUUGAGCUUAUUCAGCUGGCUGAUAUUUAUGCUUAUCAGGUGAGUCACUCGGUGAGGGAUUUCAUGCCUCAUUUCACCACGAAUUUUAGUCCCUUCGCCGUGAGAAUCAGACCAGGCAGAAGAAGGGAGGAAACUUCCAGUAAAAAUGCGAACAUCAAGAAUCCCUCGAUGACAGGACAAAGCAGCACCAGCAGUAAUGCGAGCAGUGCUAGCUCCAGCGUGGAUACGAGUUCCGAUGACGAAGACUCGAGACAUGGAAGUGACAACCAGUUGAUUCCACUGAAGGACCCCGGUGAGAUGAGUUUCGAGAGCCUGUUUCCCUCGAUGAGAGAGGUCUACGGGGUCGAGCUACAGAUUCCCAGGAGGAGUGAUCUCGUUCUGUACAAGAGGUAUGUCAUGAUGGGACGAAAUGCAACUCAUCACAGUGAUCACUCCAGUUUGAGGUCCAAGAUGUUGCAGCAGGCGACUUUCCCUGAUGUCGCCCCUGUCACGGUAGAACUGCCCAAGGUCUCAGAUACCGGUGUCAGUAUUUACGAGCAGUAUGUGCAGAGGGGGAAGAAUGGGGGCUUCGCUCCCAAUCCUAUGGAUCUUCAUUUGUAUGAGAAGUACGCCAGACAGCAGCAGAUGAUACUGGGGGUCCGUUGCAAAGAGGCUUUUUGAGAGGGGUGGACACUAUUCCAUGAUAAAUCAAAUGGAAAUGUGAUUUUGAAUGUUCAAACUUGAUGGAAGGAUAUUUACAUAUGAUAAUUACACUAUUUUAUCAUUUCAAUGAAUAUCAAAUGGGAAAUUUUGUUUUUUUCUUUCUUGUUUUUUUGCGAAUGUGGAAGAAGUAUUUAUUCACUUCGAAUAAUGAAAUUCAACCAUUUCAGGGAAUCAUUGUCAACUACUUGAAAUAUCGUUUUUUCUAAUUGUUUAAACACAAUUUUAUUUGUGAAAUUCCGGGAAUUUGAAUCGCAUUCUUAUAUCAUUUUUAUGUCAUUUUUAAUGGUUUGAAAUAGUAAGGAUAUCUAAGUAUCUUUUACAAUUUGGUACACACGACUAUUCAGCGUCAUUCAAAUUACA